AUGAAGCGACACAGAGCACAGGAGUCAGAAGAGACUACAGAAAAACGUCGUGCGUCAAAUAGGGUCGGCAUGAAGCGACACAGAGCACAGGAGUCAGAAGAGACUACAGAAAAACGUCGUGCGUCAAAUAGGGUCGGCAUGAAGCGACACAGAGCACAGGAGUCAGAAGAGACUACAGAAAAACGCCGUGCAUCAAGUAGGGUUGGCAUGAAGCGACACAGAGCACAGGAGUCAGAAGAGACUACAGAAAAACGUCGUGCAUCAAAUUGGGUCGGCAUGAAGCGACACAGAGCACAGGAGUCAGAAGAGUCUACAGCAAAACGACGGGCAGCAGAUAAGAGUCAUAAAAAACGACACAGAGCACAGGAGUCAGAAGAGUCUACAGCAAAACGACGGGCAGCAGAUAAGAGUCAUAAAAAACGACACAGAGCACAGGAGUCAGCAGCGACUACAGCAAAACGACGGGCAGCACAAGGGAGAGUCCCAACACAGUCAUGGGGAAACAACCUGGAGCUUGAUGAGGUGCCGCCUCAGUUGAAAGAUCUGCGGCCAUUGGAACUGAGGCUCAUCAGCCAAAGGAUCCCCUUCAUGAAACUGGUUGGAUUGCCAAGAGGAGGACAGAAAGCCAUACAUGGUAGUGCCGUGAAUGUUCCAACUAAAUUACAGACAAUCACAUCGCUUUUACCGAGACUUCCAGCAACAGCUGAGGUGGUGCCACUGAAGUUGAAGCGACGUCUUUGCUAUCAAGGUCAUUACAUGUAUGAGUACAUUCGUCCCAAGAAAGUUGUGGAUGCCCUGGUAUGGCUGAAGGACAACAACCCUCUCUACAAGGACAUCACCAUUUGUCCUGACUGGGAACGUGAAUGGGAGGGCGAUGAUCCUGAUUUGUGGGAAGCCAUGACAGGAAGAAUAACAGACAACAGGGACAGGGAGGUAACAUCCAGCACCAGAGAGGAUGGUCCCAGUACAGCAAAUGACCAUCAUGCUGAAACUGCUUUAGAAACAGAAAGGGGGGACAUUGAUUUGGAAGAAGAGGAAGACAGGAUUUCGUUUGAGCAAACAAGUCAGCUACGUGGGCUUCCGUACGACACCAUGCUACAAGAUGAGCGCGUAGCUGACGGGGAGUGCACAUAUUCUGUGGCUCCUGGAGAACACCAAAAACCAUGCCCAUUUCUCACUGAUGAAAACAAAGAGACAGUGAUGGCCCGGCCUGAUCAAGAAGAACUGAUCGAUGUCAAAAAGAAGCAGAAGGAGGUGCUCAGCAAAGUAAGAUCAGUCAUGGAUGACAAAAACAUUCCUGAAGACAUUUCCUUGCAGAAUCUGUUACAGAAAGCUGAUGUCUCGCCAGAUGCAUAUGAACAAGCAUUAAAAGUUGCAAAAUCAGAAAAAAUCAUCCUACAACGUCAUCCAUCAGAAAGAAACAUCAAUCAAUAUAAUCCUAAAAUUUUGACAACUUGGCGGGCUAACAUGGAUCUUCAGUUUAUUUUGGACCCGUAUUCUUGUAUCAUGUACAUCACGAGUUACAUGCUAAAGAGCGAACGAGCCAUGAGUGAGUUGUUGAGGAAAGUAGCAGAGGAAAGCAGAGGUGAGGACUUGAAAGCUAAACUGACAAAGGUUGGUUCAGCAUUCCUGAACAACAGAGAACUGAGUGCACAGGAAGCAGCUUGGAAGCAGACUUCCCUACCUUUGCAUAGAGCAAGCAGAGCAAGAGUAUUUGUCAACACUGCUCCAAAAGAGAAAAGGGUGUCAAUGCUCAAGCCUCAGAGUGUCCUGCAAGACAUGGCCGAUGAGGAUGACAACAUUUUCUGCACAUCCCUCACUGACAGAUACGAUUCCAGACCAGAUAUCCUAAAGGACAUGUCUCUCAUAGAGUUCGCAGCUACAUAUAAAACUGGUGGCCAGGAUGUACCUGAUGAAGUCUUCGACCACAUCCCAGACGUCCGUCACAGCUGCGAUGACCAAGAUGCUACCUGCAGCGGAGAGACAGAUGAAGAGGACGACAAACGGUAUCCACCUGUCAUCACCUUGCUGAACGACAUGGGCCAGAUGAGGAAGCGCAAGCGGCACUGCAUUGUCAGAUUCCACAAAGAGAAAACUGACGGCGAAGAACGAUACAGGAACCUCCUAAUGUUGUACUAUCCGUGGCGACACGAAGACGUUGAUCUUAAAGCCGGGUUCUCAUCGUUCAAAGACCACUACGAUAGUGUGAAGGACACUGUUCACGUCAAUGAAGCCAAGUUCAGUGUACAUGCAGAAGUAAUCGAAGAAGCCUAUGAAAAUUUGCAACGCAAUGGCCCUCCAGAGGACGUAUGGGACAGUGUUGCACCAAAUGUGGAAUAUCAACAAGCAGAACAGAUAGCUGAAGGGACAACUACACAGAAUGACUUACCUGAGGAGAACGACCGCGACAACAUAGACUUGGCACCACACAGGAACACCAAUGAUCAUUCUGAGCUUUAUAGGCGGUUCUCCACAGACUUGAAUACAACAUCACUAACAUCAUCCACAUAUAGAAGCAUGAUGCGAUCUUUGAAUGCUGCACAAAUGGAAGUUGUCCGCGUCCACCGGAAGUGGUGUAAAGAUUCAAUAUACGCACUGCAACAUGACCAACCGGUACCGCAGUACACUCUCUUUCUAAGCGGCCCCGGCGGUGUUGGGAAGAGCCAUGUCAUCAAGAUAAUACACCACGAAACCAUAAGGCUUCUGCAACGGUUGUCCGGACAUUACGAUCCCGACGAACUCUCUGUUCUGAUCACGGCAUUCACUGGAACAGCAGCAUUCAACAUCAAUGGGAUGACUUUACACUCGGCUCUCGGGUUUGGUGGUGGUCCGAAGAAGAGCAACGAAUACAAGCCUGUUGGUAGUGAGAAGUUGCAUAAUCUCCGCUUACGCCUUGGAAAAUUGAAACUUCUGAUCAUAGAUGAAUGUUCGAUGUUAGGUUCAGAUCACCUUUAUCACACCCAUCGUCGCCUGGAGGAUAUUUGUGGCACCUGUGACCCUGAUUCAAGGUUUGGAGGCGUCAGCAUUCUGGCCGUGGGCGACCUCUUCCAGCUGCAACCCGUGGGACAAAGGCAUGUGUUCGACCUGCCUACUGACAGUUAUGCCAAAUUACACGGAUCACUAUGGGAGGAGAACUUCACCAUGAUGGAACUGACAGAAUGUGUGCGGCAAAGAGAAGACCAAGACUUUGCACAACUCUUACUUAGAAUGAGAACAGCUGAAUGUACGGAAGACGACAUCACCGUGUUAAAGUCGAGGAUCAUCUCAAAAACAGAUCCUCAUUACCCAUCAGAAGUUCUACAUGUUUUCAAAACCAACAGGGAAGUUGAUGACCACAACAAAGACCAUCUACAGAAACUUUCGACGCAGCAUUUUCAUAUUCAGGCUAUUGACACAAAGAAAGACAUAUACACAGGCCUCGUAGAUGUUGGUUCAUACAAGACGUCUAACGAUAGAGGUUUAAAAGAAACUGUAUCGCUAGCUGUAGGUGCCAGGGUCAUGGUGACCGUCAACAUCGAUGUCUCUGAUGGAUUGGUUAAUGGUGCCUUGGGGAAAGUAGUUGGCAUUGACAAUACACAAAAUGACGUCCAUACUGUGUUAGUUACAUUUGACAGUGAUCGUGUUGGUAGACAGGCGAUGGCAGACAGUCAGUACAAAGACAGCUACCCAGGCGCAGUGCCCAUUAAGAGACAAACCCUUCCAAUUUUGACUGGCAGUAAACAAUCGGUUCAAGCGCAACGUGCACAAUUUCCACUGACCUUGGCAUGGGGCUGUACCAUUCACAGAGUACAGGGCAAAACACUUGACAGAAUUGUUGUUUCAAUGGACGACAAGAGCAACUUCAUGCCAGGUCAAUGUUAUGUUGCCAUGAGCCGGGUCAAGACCUUGAAUGGCCUGUACCUUCUAGGUUUUGAUCCCAAGUCAAUUAGAUGUAACCCUGAUGUAGUGCAGGAAAUGAACCGUCUUCGCCAAAAACUUUCACCCAAGGUACCGCUGCCCUUUGUUACUACGAUGUCCGGUAUGCAAAUCCGACUGCUAAACAUCCGUUCGUACCUUGAGCAUUUAGAUGACUUAAAACUUGACAAAUCAGUUCCUCAGGCAGAUGUAUUGUGCUUUGUCGAGACAUUUUUAAAAGGACAGGAACCGAUUGACCUUGUAUUACCAGAGGCCCAAUCUUUCAGAGCUGACAGAGUUGGAAGGCUAGGAGGUGGAGUAAUGACUGUUGCUACACAAGCAGUCUGCCCCGCAGAACUUGCAGUCACGGCUAGUGAACUGGAGUGCACAGCCAUUACUGUCACAAAAUCAGCCACCAAAGUCAACAUUGUUACCAUCUACAGACCGCCAUGCUUCCCACCUGCCAUCUUCAUGGACAGGCUGCAAAAUAUGCUACCUUUACUCCAAAAUCCCACAAUCAUUCUUGGGGAUUUCAAUUUUGACCUCCUAAAAUAUCCAGACCACGACAUCCUGACAGUCAUGAAGCAGUUCGGCUUCAAGCAACAAGUUCAAACUCCAACCACUGACCAGGGUAGUCUUUUGGAUCAUGUUUAUAUCAAUUCAAAUUGCAGCGCACAGGUUAACAUUGUAGACACAUACUACUCAGACCACGACAUGGUCUGUAUUUCCUUAACCCUUGAUCAUGCUGAUGAUACACCCUAA